UGUUGAUGAUGAGUAGCAGCUGAAUCUUGUUCAUGUAGCCUUGACAGAAACGUUACUGUCACAGGUUACUACAUUAGCUUAUAGUAGAAAAUGGUAAACACAAUGAUUUUGUAAAAGAUAGAGCAUGUUCUGCAGUGACAGUCUCUGAAACCCGCAGAAACAGCACAGGACAUGUUUGGUGUCGGAACCAUAUGAGCAUGCUGUCCUCAGUGUAUCGUGGGAUAUGGAGGUUGUCUGUCCACAGUCUUAGGACAAGAGGAACACCAGCUUGCAGAUUACUUUCCACCUGUGAUGGAGUCCCAGAUGGACUGGCUGAUGCAGAAACCAUCUUUGCAUUAUCAUCGGGCCAUGGCAGGUGUGGAGUGGCUGUGGUACGAGCCAGUGGUCCAGCCUCAGCCACAGCUCUGAGGUGUAUGACCGGGCUCACACACAGUCUGCCUCCACGCAAGGCCCUGUUACGCAGCAUCAAAGACCCACAAUCCAAAGAAGUGCUGGACCGUGGACUUGUCCUCUGGUUCCCAGCUCCACACAGUUUCACAGGAGAGGACAGUGUGGAGUUCCACAUCCACGGCGGUCCUGCUGUCAUUACUGCUGUCUUACACGCUCUAGGAAGCGUGCCUGGCAUGAGGCCUGCUGAAGCUGGAGAGUUCACACGGAGGGCCUUUCAAGCAGGGAAGCUGGGUUUAACGGAGGUGGAGGGGCUCGCGGAUCUUAUCCAUGCAGAGACAGAGGCUCAGAGGAGACAGGCUCUCAGGCAGAUGUCAGGAGAGCUGGGACGCCUUUAUCAGGACUGGAGCCACAAACUGAAACGGUGUCUGGCCCAUGUUGAGGCCUUCAUAGACUUCAGUGAGGAUGAGCUCAUAGAGGAUGGGGUCUUAAACAAAGUGGAUAAAUCGGUGUGUGAUCUGCAAGCAGAGAUGGAGCGCCACCUACAGGAUGAGAGGAGGGGCGAGCGGCUACGCAGCGGAGUCCAGGUGGUUAUCGCAGGAGCCACCAAUGCAGGGAAAAGUAGCCUCCUUAACACACUCUGCCAGAGACCUGCAGCCAUUGUGUCUCCCAUUGCUGGCACCACCAGGGACAUAGUAGAGACGGCACUGGACAUCGGUGGAUUCCCUGUCCUGUUGAGUGACACAGCCGGCCUCAGAGAGAGCCCGGACCUGGUGGAGAGGGAGGGGGUCCGCCGUGCUCGGGAAAGAGUGGAACAGGCAGAUCUGAUCCUGGUUAUUGUGGACUGUGCUCAUCUACCUUCUGAUUCAAAGCAAGCUGCACCUUUCCUUCAGGGGUACCUCAGCAGUGUCCUGCCCACUCAGGAGCAGCAUGAGUCAGUAUUUCCUGCAGACAGGGUUCUUUUGGUGCUAAACAAAACUGACCUUUUGCCUGAGGAGCGGAGGCUGAAGCUGGAAAGGGAGCUGAGAAAGGUCUCUGGACUCCCCCCUGUUUGUCAGAUUUCUUGCCUCACUAAUGAGGGACUGAAGGACUUCCUUGCAGUGCUGCACAACAGUGUCAAGACUCUGUGUGGCGACCCUCUGUCUUGUGCCCCUACCCUGACCCAGGCCCGCCACAGGGCCCACCUGCAGCAGUGCUUUGCGGCCCUGGCUCAGUACCAAAGAUAUCGUGACAUUGACCUAGCUUUGGCAGCCGAGGGUGUCCGGUUGGCUCUCACGAGUCUGGGCCGGAUCACUGGACGUGUCGGGGCAGAGGAGAUCCUUGAUAUCAUCUUCAAAGACUUUUGCAUUGGAAAAUAGUCGGUUGAGUAUCAGCAAAAUCAUGAAAUACAAGCCUGCUUGGCUGCUCAGAGAGGAAGGCUGCAUCCGUCAUUAUGCCAUGUAUCGAAGCCCUACAACAGUAAAAAGAAAACAAAUUGUGUUCUUGGCUGCAGGAUCAGUCUGCUCCCAAGACACAGAAAUAUUUGUUUUCUGUUGCUUCUCUUCAGCAGACUGAAAUCAUUUUAACGUGAUGACAGGUGCCUCGGAGGUCCCAUGUGCUGCAAGUGUUUAACAAUGUAACAGCCAAGGUCACAAAAUAAAGCCAGGUGCUGACAUCUGCAAGGUCAU